AUGUGUCCUGUCAUUGUCCAGUUAUGGUUAAGUCCAUUGAAGUCAUCUUCGAGCUUAGCUACAAAUCGAAAGUCUUGUGUCCACACAGGUGCUGUUAUGGCAAACCAACCCAACAGUGUUUAUCCAUACGCAUCGUACCCGCCGCCACAGCCACAAGGAUCCAUGUACGGGCCACCGCAACAAGGAUAUGGGUACGGGCCACCGCCACAAGGAUCCAUGUACGGGCCACCGCCACAAGGAUAUGGGUACGGGCCAUCGCCACAAGGAUACGGGUACGGGCCACCGCCACAAGGAUCCAUGUACGGGCCACCGCCACAAGGAUAUGGGUACGGGCCAUCGCCACAAGGAUACUGGUACGGGCCACCGCCACAAGGAUACGGGUACUGGCCACCGCAACCACCAUACGUGUAUGGGCCACCUCAACAAGCAUACGUGUAUGGGCCACCGCCUCCUCCUCAGGCGUACGGAGCGGGAGAAGGAUCGGGAACUGGGCUUAUUGGAGGAUUGCUAGCUCGUAUUUUUCUUACAACACUUAUUUCUGAUGUAGCAAAUGACGUACUUGAUGGUGGCUUUGAUUUUUGA